AAACUUGGGCUCAGUGCCUCAGUAGCAAGUGACGGGAAAAGUUGUGCUGGAAGUGGAAAGAAUAAACGCUAUUAUGAGUGAGGAAAUAGUAAAUCCCAAUGAGCAUCUGAUCAUUCCGGACUGGAUCAAUGAGAAGUACUUCACUGGAGUGCUGGCAAAAGACGAACCCAAUCAUGUGAAGAUAUUAAAGUUUACCAAAGUGGCGGCGAUUCCCCCGGGAGAGAACUUCACCUCGACCAUGAUAAGGGUCUACAUUAAAUUGGAAAUGAAAGAUGGCAGUGUCAAGACCAAGACAUACAUUUUCAAGACCAUGCUGCCCGAGGAGCGUGGCGGCAGUGACAUCAACGACUUUGGUCUGUUUCCCAAGGAGGCCAAGAUGUAUGAGACCUAUCUUCCUGCCUUCGAGUCAAUGUACAGGGCUGCCGGAUGGAAGAUACAGCUGGCACCGCAGUGCCUCCACACGGAGGAACGCAACGGCAACAUUCACUUCAUUUUCGAGGAUCUGUGCGUGAAGCGGUUCAAGAACAUCGAUCGCACCAAGGGCCUGGACUUGGAGCACAUGACGCGGGCGCUGCACAAGUUGGCCGAAUACCAUGCCGCCAGUGCGGUCUACGAGGAACAGCACGGACCCUAUCCCACUGAGUUCCUUGAGGGUUUCGUCACCCUGAAGACACACAAAUUCCACAUGGAUGCAUUCAAAUUGAAAGAGCGGGCCUUUAAGAAGGCCAUGCUGACAUGGGGCAUGGACGAUGCGGAAAAGUAUGUCAAGGAAUUUCCCACUGCGGAUCAGUAUUGGGCGCAAUCGCUGAGUUGCCUGGACGUGCUUCCAAAUGAGUUUAAUGUCCUCAAUCACGGGGAUUUUUGGUCUAGCAAUCUGAUGAGCAAUUAUCUGCCAAACGGCAAGAUUGAUGAGCUAAUUCUCGUGGACUUUCAAAUCGUUAAGUGGGGCAACCCCGCACAGGAUCUUUUAUUCUUCAUUAUACUCUCGGCUGCCACAGAUAUUCGUAUAAAGGAGUUUGAUAACUUAGUGCGAAUUUACUGGGAUCGCCUCAUUGUAUGCCUAAAGGUUUUGAAGUUCAAGAAACCCAUUCCCACACUCAGAGACAUUCAGAGAUCCAUGUAUGCGAAGGAGAACUCAUUUUAUGCAUUCUUUGCUUUGAUGAACCACUUGCCAAUCAUAUUAUUCCCCACCGAUAAGGACAGCAAUCUGCACAAUUUGUCUGCUGAAAACGAAGAGGGCGAAAGCCUGCGUUUGCGUCUCGUGUCGAAUCCUGCCUUUGCCAGUGUAAUGAAGGAUCUAUAUCCCUUUCUGUACAAUCGGGGUUUGCUUAACUUUAGUGAUUACGAUGUCUGAUUACUUUAUGAACAUUAUUUUGCUGGCAAAUAAACUGUAGAUAGU